CUUUGUUUUACGGUUGCGCAUGAGAAGACACAUGAAUAUGGAUACAGCUCAAACAAAGAAUGAUAUUAUCUAGGGAAUGAGACGUGGCCUGAAAUGGGAAAACAUUGCACUACAAUGGAUAAGGUCUUUUUCUCUGAAAUUCCUGUACACGACAAUAUAAACUCGCAACCUAAUGAUGGAGAUCGUCUUCAACCACCUCGAAAAACCAAUGAAAAUUCGACUUGUAUAUUCAAGGGAUUUUUCUUCAUCUUCGGUUUUUCCGUGAAUUUCAUUCACGGUUUGCUCACGUCUGCCACCCAAGACAUCCUUGAAGGCACCGACCACCCCUCGUCUUUGGUCGUCAUUCUACUCAACACUCCGUACAUAACCGUGGCUCUCAUUCUACCUUAUUUUAUCCAGAGGAUAUCCCCAUUCGGUUUUGCAGUCAGUACAUUCGUGUCUUUUGAAAUUUCUACAGGAUUGUCUGCCUUCAGCAGGAAUAACUUGCAGCUAUUUGGACUAGUACUGACGUCGGUUUCUACUGGUAUUGCUGAGGUGGGUUUCUUUUCUUCCAGUGUUUUUAACGAGGAUGUCGCUGUAAAUAUCUACACUUUUGGAGCAGGAGCUGGGCUUUUUGGUGGACCAUUAUUUUACUCUGCGAUGACAAGCUGGAUUUGUAUCUCACCAAGCACAACUUUAGCGGCGAUGCUUUGCUUCCCCCCGAUUGUCUUCAUAUUUCAUUGCUAUGUUGCUAAGAAGCAGGGGGAGGCAAGCGGGAAAGAAAAUAAUUCAAAACGUGGGGUUGUAUACACUCUACUUCCAGCCCAAGACACCGAGAAUAGCGAUCGAAAGAACCGGCCCAGCUUGACUUACCGCGGUAGGUUGUACGUAUGUUGGAAAACUCUGCCUGUAUGGAUAGCCCUAUUCCUAGGGAACUUUUGCGAGAUAUUACUUCUACAGUCGGUAGCUACGACACUAGCAUUCUCAAACUCUUCCUUCGAUCCGGGCACACAUUACGUGUACUACGUAACCGCAGAAUCGAUAGGGCAACUUGCUGGUCGAUCAUAUGGGGCUAUCAUAUCUUCGUGUUUCAAAAUCAAUACCACAACAAGGCACGUGUGGAUCUUCUCUGGAAUACUUGUCGUGGAUUUAUUUUUUCUCAUCUAUGCUUCCUGGUACCGUUUUCUUCCAAACGUUUGGAUCGUAUUGUCACUGAUGCUAGUGACGGGGCUGAGUGAGGGUGCGCUUUUUGCCAACUCGUUUUCCAAUGUUCCGCGUGGUCUAAGCCCACACCAGGUCGGCUUUAGCCGUGGCUUAUUAACAGUAGCAUAUGGAGGUGGCAUUUUAAUGGCAGGAUUUUUGGGUUUCUCGACAGAAACUGGACUUAAAAGUCGGUGUCUGCAAACUGGUACGCCGGCAAAGUACUGCAUUGCAAGGUCUAUGUCCGGGUGGAGCGAGUCGUCUUGUGCGCGGCAUUAACAAUUAAAUAUUAUUGAUGUUAUAAAGGUGCAUGAUGAUACGACUGAUGCUGGAACAUGGAUGAUGUUUGUUGGAACAAAAUCAAACUUUAGCGGGCACUGAAAAUUGGAAAUGGAUUGGUUUGGUGUGGUGUUGAUGUUGAUGCCAUGCUGACUGAUAAACCAUAAUGUGUACGUUUUUUAAAAUGGAUUUCCGAUCAAAUUCCAUUUGUUCAAUGGCAUCAUUUCUUAUACACAGGAAAUGCUGAAUAAAUUAUAAAUUAUAUCAUUAAAUAUACAAAACUUUUCUGGGGCAGUAAAAUAUCCUGUACAGGGCCGAUCGAGGAAUUGAUGAGGGGCGUAUCCCAAAUGAAGAAAUGCGCAUAGAGAUGUUUGAUACAUACUGAAUCACUUUGGACCAUACUGGAAAGCGCUGGCUAUAUAGUGGUAACGCUACAAAUACACUAUAAGAAUAUUAUGUCGGUAGCAAGUGCCCCAAAACCUUUCCGGGGCAUCACCAUAAACUCUAAGUCAUAACUGUUAAAAUAGGUUUAUUUAUAAAUAAACAAGAAAUAAAUACCAAUUAUGAACAUGAACGGAUAUCUUUACAGAAAAUAUCAUAACCUCUCGUAAGACUGAGUAUAAACGUCUUUUGAAUAACAAUUUUGUCAUUAUUGAAAUAUGUUUGAAAACUGAAGAGAAAAAACGAGUGAAAAAGUUUAAAAUAUAUGUAUGUUAGUUAUAAUGGAAAAUUUGCAAACUUCCCCCUAUAGACCAUUUGUCAUUCCCUUGAGUAUUAUUUUUUUGUUCGCUAAUCACAUUUAAGAAGAUACGUUUGAUUGGGAAGAAACUUAAGCUAAAAAUGUGUUCGAAGGAAUUUGACAUGGGAAAACAUGACAUUCGAAACAGAAGGUUGGGCUCCUGUUAAACGUCGAACUUCACAUUAG